AGACAGUCGAGCGCCGGCCGGCUGCGCGGCGCGCUGGGUGCCUGUGGGGGCUGCUCCGGAGCGGCGGCGGCUGAGCUGGAGCCAGGCGCUCGCCCGUCCGCCGGUUGGCUCGCUGGGACCGCGCGCACCGGCCGCAGAGUCCCUCGCGUGGACUGGCAAGCGACGCCCCACCUGCCCCGAGCUCACCCUUGUCCUCUCGCGCUGGCUGCCGCUGACCCGGCGAAGGGAGCCGACCGGGCCCUGGGCUGGCGGUAAAACGCCACGGAAAGAACAUGAGGUUUCCUUGGAAAUCAUUCAAGAGGAAGAUGGAAGGGGCUGUUUAAAAGAGCUUAAAAGCUACAGGCUGUAAGACUGGGGCCUGAGUGCUGGCAGUGGAAAACCCUGUUGGGCUGCGAUCCCUCCCUGAAAAGUUCCAGGUGCCUUUUUGCUUCUUGCAAAAGAAAGGAAGUGAAAGAGAAGACCAUGUCCAUAGCCCUGAAGCAGGUAUUCAACAAGGACAAGACCUUCCGGCCCAAGAGGAAAUUUGAACCUGGCACACAGAGGUUUGAGCUGCAUAAACGGGCUCAGGCAUCCCUCAACUCGGGUGUGGACCUGAAGGCAGCUGUGCAGCUGCCCAGUGGGGAGGACCAGAAUGACUGGGUGGCGGUACACGUGGUGGACUUCUUCAAUCGGAUCAACCUCAUCUAUGGCACCAUCUGUGAGUUCUGCACCGAGCGGACCUGCCCUGUGAUGUCAGGAGGCCCCAAAUAUGAGUAUCGGUGGCAGGAUGACCUCAAAUAUAAGAAGCCAACAGCGCUGCCAGCUCCCCAGUACAUGAACCUGCUUAUGGAUUGGAUUGAGGUUCAGAUCAACAACGAGGAGAUAUUUCCAACAUGCGUGGGUGUUCCCUUUCCAAAGAACUUUCUUCAGAUCUGCAAGAAGAUCCUGUGCCGCCUUUUCCGGGUCUUUGUCCACGUCUACAUUCACCACUUCGACCGGGUCAUCGUGAUGGGUGCAGAGGCCCAUGUCAACACUUGCUACAAGCACUUCUAUUACUUUGUCACAGAGAUGAACCUCAUAGACCGCAAGGAGCUAGAGCCUUUGAAAGAGAUGACGAGCAGGAUGUGUCACUGAUGUUCCACCUCACCCUCUGGAAGAAAGGAAAGCGGUUUCCUCCUGGAGCCCUGCAUGGGCAGGAAGUGGACCACCCUGGCUGAAAUGACACACCUACUUCCAGGAGCUGCAGAAGUGGAGGCAAGCGGUGACUCCUGAGAGACGUUCCCCACUCACUUUGUGUGCCGUUAACCUUCUGAGUGCUGCUAGCCCAGACCCGUGGACCAGGCAGACCCAACAUGGAAGAAGGACCAGCCCUUUGACCCUUCUGGCUGGAAGAUAUCCGAGAGGAAGCCUCUGCACUUCCACACAUGGCAUCGUUCUGCCUAUGACCUGCCGCCUAAGCUUUACUGGAAUUCAGGUUUUGAGACUGGGAUGCUUGUUUGUAUUUUUCCACUUAUCUGUCUUGUCAGCUGGCCAACUUCUCUGUGAUUGGUUUUCUAAGUGCCGGGUGAAUUUUGGACCUCUGGAUGUGCAGUGAGUUUUUAUGCAAUAAGCCUUCCUUGCAGGUCUCUGAGAGCUCCUGCUCUGAUGCUGUGAUUUAACACUGUGCAGGACCGUGGAGCUCAGAGAGACCUGAACCCCCACCCCCCACACCCGCCUACUUUCCCUGCCAUAGCUUCCAUAGCAUUUCCCUAAUAAGUAGUUUUAUCAGGGACACGCCAUGGGGUGGCUCGUCUCUGCCCCAAACAGGGUCUUCACAUUCUAACUCCAGGGAAGAGACUGGUUACUAGCAUAAAGCUGACAAGUUACCAGGUCACCUGAUCAGAAUGUAUUUUUUAUAACCACCAUCAUUCCUUGCCUCUUCAGUUGAAGAGAUUCUUUCCUGUUUCCCAGAAGAGGGAAAUAAAAGUCCUAAAUGACUGAGAAUGAUCAGCAGGAGCUUUGGUCCCAAUUACUACAGCGUUUGUUCUUUAUUAAAGGGCAGGGAGCCGCAGCUGUCUCUACGUAACACUAACAUUUCAGUGAAAAAACAAAAGUACAAUUGGUUAUUUGGUACAUGUAGAUUUAACACCCAGACGGCUGACUGGUAACCUUCCCCACUGGCCUUCUGAGCAUUUAAACCCAGCCCACGUUCUCUCCCCACUCCACACCCUCCCCUCCUCUGCCAUGUUAUGUUACAGCACAAAAUUAAUUUCCGCCCCUGUGAUUGUGCCACGGUUGUCAAGGUGACAGUGGAGCCGGAGCUAACUUCCUUCUUUCAUCCUUUCCAAUUUUUCUGUUCCAGAAGACAGUCAGAAUAAUGCAUUCUGUACUACGUCCUGCCUUUGGAAACCUAAAUGAGUUUUCGUUGAUGAAAUGUUGCCUUCUCUGAUUCAUUCAAAAAACUGUGGUGGUUCUGACUACCUGUGAUGAGGGGGUCAUAAUGCUUCCAGUGAUCCUUUGAAUUUAGCAAAAUGUUUGCUGGUGGAGGGAAGUAGAUAAGAAUGUAUUAGUGUAUGUUAAUGUAAUAACGAUUAAACAAUAACUAAACAACUCUGA